AACAUUAUUCUCUAUUCGCACCAUCCACAUCGACAACAGUUUACAAAUUUACAAUUACAAUAAAGUUAUUUGGAGUUAUCCUCAUCAAUUCGUCCAUCAACUUAAUCUCUUGAUUCGAUUUCCACCUCGACAGUGGCUGAGACGCCGUCCCGGUGUUCGGAAUCGGAUUGCACAAGCUCAAUGAAGAAUUAUAUGAUUCAAAGCCAAAGCUAGCAUAGCUCAGCGGCAAUUGACAUAUACCUCCAACCAAGAGGCUUUUACCUCAAUGAGGUGAGGCUAUCCAACCAAUGGCAGACUUACCAGGUUCCUUGCAAGCCUGCUUUAGUAUGGGGAAGGUGGCAUUCUUAGCAAUUUUGGUUUCUGGAGGAAUUGUAAUGCAGAUAUUGGCAUGUGCCCUGUACAAUAAUUGGUGGCCAAUGCUAAGUGUGAUAAUGUAUGUGCUUCUCCCCAUGCCUUUAUUGUUCUUUGGGGGGUCAGAUAGUUCUUCCUUAUAUACCGAAUCGAACGACAGCUGGAUCAACGCAACGAAAUUCUUGACUGGAGCUUCGACUAUAGGAAGCAUUGCCAUCCCCAUCAUUCUGAAGCAUGCCGGGAUCAUCGGCUGGGGGGCACUGGCUAUGGACCUCUCAUCAUUUUUAGUAUUCGUGAUCGCCAUUUUGUGUUUCUUAUGGAUGAACGAAGACGACGACAGCUACACCAUGUUCUGAGAUACUGCAUCUCCAUGGCAGUGAAGCCGUGCAUAUCUCCAUCAGGUGAGGCUUCUGGCUGUGUUCAUUCUUUUCUGAGUUUCACCUCUCACCUCUGCAUAUGUUUAAUGAAAGUUUAUUCUUCAUUAUUUAUUUCUUCAUUUCUUUGUUGGUUUGUUGUGUUUUCUCUGAAGAUUUGUUCUUGUACCAAAACUGAUAUGAAAAGAAAAGGGUUGAUAUUCUUUUUACUGUUGAGUGUAUUUGGAAAGGAAUGGGCAUUGAACCAA